AUGAUUGUCAAGACCAUCGGCAACAAGUUCUUCCUCGCCCCCAUCAAGGCUGAGGUGACGCACCGCAUCCUCGAUGUAGGAACCGGUACCGGAAUCUGUGGGGUGCCGCCGAACGUCAGAUUCGAGAUUGACGAUGUCGAAAGCGCUUGGGUUGUCAACGAGAAAUACGACUUUAUUUUCACGCGAUACAUGGCUGCUUCAAUCGCAGAUUGGCCGAAGCUGGUCCAUAGAGUAUAUGAGAAUCUCGCGCCAAAUGGCUGGGCUGAAUUCCAAGACAUGAGCGUGCUCUACGCGUGCGAUGACGGAACACUGACCGAGAAGCAUGCAAUCAUGACGUGGGACCGCCUUUUCAUCGAAGCUUGCAAAAUGCUGGGGCGUGAAGACUCCCCUGGCCCCAAACUCGAGGGUUGGGUUCGUGAAGCUCCCUUCAAGAAUGUGGUUCACCAACACUUCAAGAUCCCUCUAGGUCCAUGGGCCAAGGACGCGCACAACAAGGAUCUUGGAAUGUGCAAUCUUGCUCAAACUCUGGAGGGCCUCGAUGCAUUCACCUUGAAGCUGUUCAUUGGUGUGCUUGGAUGGACUAGGGAAGAGGUGGUGGUGCUCUUAGCCCAGGUUCGCCAAGAAUUGAAGAGUGGUACUUUCCACGCAUACCUUAACUACCACGUUGUUUACGGACAGAAGAUUGAAGAGGAAGAGGAAGCAGCUGAGGAGGACUAAGCUGAAGCAUCAAUGGUAUUGUCAUGUCGGCAUGAGACACGCGGCAAAGGUAGAUGGAGUGAGGUGGAC